AUGACCGACCAACCAUCUCAAAAAGCCGCCGAUGUCCUCAUCGAGAUCAUCGACAACGAACAAGACAUCUCCACAGCCUUUUCCAUAAUCUCAAAAUGCUUCGGCCAUCAAACAAAUGAUGGAUUCUGGAAAGCAAUGAACCCCGGCUGGGAUAACCCUUCCGGAGCGACUGCAGCUACAAAUCGCAUGAUCAAGCGUUGGAAAACCGUCACGAAUAAUAAAGCUGGCAAGCCCAAUACAGUACAUCUCAAAGCCACUGUACCUGACCCAGAACACCCCGGAAAGCGCAUCAUGGCAGGAUUUGCAAUUUGGGCCCAACUAUCAAUGGUCGAGGGUAUGGGAGACACACCAUCCACAGACAUCUCCACUGCCGCAGACUUGAAACAACUCUACCCAGGAAACGAGACAGAACAGCGGUUUCUACGUCAAACUUUUACUUCAUUUAUGAAAUUGCGAGUCGCAACAUUGCAACAGAAAGCAAGCACUCCUUCUCCCGCAACUUUCAGUCUAGAUCUCUGUGUCGUGGAUCCAGACUUCCAAAGACGGGGUAUUGCGAAUAAACUUGUAGAGUGGGGGUUGGAAGAGGCAAAGAGGAGAGGUGGGUUGGAGUCUACCACCGAGGGUUCUGCCAUGGGUAGAUUUGUCUAUCGGAAAUUGGGCUUUGAGCCGGUUGAAGAGGUCGUGUAUGAGGUAGAUGACGAGUUUCGGGAUCGCAAGUUGCCGCCGAAUUUGUUCAUGCGGACUGGCUUGGAAACUUGA